GUUUCGCUGUGCUUCUUUAUAUACUUACAUAUUGGAGAAUGAUAGAACUCCAGAUCAAUCACACGUAUACAGACAGUUUUAAAAUGAUUCACACUGAAUAGCAUUUGUGCAAUUUGUGCGCUUAGCUUCGUGUUCUUAGCUCGUGUUCGAAAUCGAUAAAAGUGGUGAAAGUGCGCGUAGUCCCAAAGUGUGGUCAGAAAAAGUGCAAUAUCUGCUAGCACUCCCUCCUACCGUGUUUGCUGGCUGAACGGGGGCUUUUUAGCGUUAGUACGAAAGAGAUGGACAUUCAGUGGGGAUGGAUGUGUGCUGCUGUAAUGCUGCUGUACACAGAGUUGUGUGAUACAAUUAUUGCUUUAUAAAAGUAGCAGUUAGCAUUUCAUUGAGUAGAUGAAUACAGCCGCCCUCUGUCGCUGGAUUUUGUGAGCGAGAAGAGCAAUAAACAUCACUCAAGUUAAGAUUGAACCAGAAGUAGUAGCCAAACAGCGAUAGACUGCACCAAUACACCUGCACUGCAGUAGUUACAUAUUACAUUGUUGCCAUAUCGUUGCGCCACUGGUGGUGACCAAAUACGAUUAUUGUCGGCUAUUUCAGCCGCCGUCGCUUUAUGAGCGGGCGGCAAGUUUUGUGGAUAUAGCAGUGGAACCACCGUUACCACCACCACCGGUUCUAGCAAAAGCAGGGGCGGAACUGUGUUGGUGAGAUCAAAGCGAACGCAUUGAAGAGCGAAGGUGAAAAAGAGACGGUGAGCAAGAUCGAGAUCUCGGACUUAACAUACUUUCUAAAUAUAAUUGACUCUCGACGUGGGAAUCGAACGGACGGAUGAUUUUUGCGUCCUCGAAGCAAGUGAGCAGAAAAUAGAGUUUUUUCUUGCUGUGUGGCAGCUUUAAUCGUGUUUUAGAGCCAUGAACCGUAAUCGAUCGAUUGAAAAGUGCUGAAUGGUGUUACAACUAGGAAACGUCAUUUAAGUGGUGAAAGUGCGCUCUCCUAGCUUACUUUGGAAGUUUUCCCUAAAGCUGAGCUGAGACCAAAAGGGAAAAUUCUUCAGGUUUUCUUUUCGCACCUGCGACGGUGUAUGGGUGCGUAUGCGAAGGAAAAGUGCAUAAAGAUACGCGGCUCAAGUCGGUCCUAUGGAUGGAUUAAUGUUCGGUGUAUGUGUGUAUUUUCGCAAAUGUCAAAUAUGACAACAGUGCUUCAGCUUGUUUUCUGUGUCCGCCAUUUUCUGCCGUCUACAUUGAAUGGUAAAAAAUCGCUAGCAAACAAGUGAAAUUAACCGUGGAAAUAAGGUUUUAAGGUGUAUAAGAAGGCUUACUUGUCAUGUGUGCUGAAUAAUUAAAGAGAUCGUUGUAUAAGGGUGAGUUUUGUGACGGGAAAUUCUGUCACCAAAAGGAAGUGCUUUUGUGAGAAGAAGCAGCAUAGCAAAAAGUGUCAUACAAGAGCUAUGAUUACAGUAGUGAAUGUGUGAAUUGUGUGUGCAACCAAAAAGCUUGUAGUUGUGCGCCAAAUGUAUCGAAGGCAGCAAAGCGCUAUACUACUCAUACAGUAAACCGCUCCUCAUAACAGAAGCAGCAGUGUAGAAAUUGUUUUUACCUCUAGUGAAAAUGUUAAGAAUAACACAACCAUGACGCACCAGAAUCACCAAACUAACGGCGCAAGUUUGGAAGAUUGCCACACAAACUUUUUCGCCUUGAAUGAUCUGUGCGGUAUAAAAUGGCGUAAGUUUGCUCAAGGAGAACGACCGAACGCGUCCAGUAACCCGCUCGACGAUCCGGUGCUCCGUUCCUACUCGAAAUGUCUCGAGGUGGACAUUCUAUGCGUGUGGCGCCGGGUAGCCGCCCCCAAACCGGCCGAGCAGGAUCAGAAUGUGUUCGAGAUGAGCAUACCGGGGCCGGUAACUGGCGGUUCGGUGAUCCAUCCUCCGCUUUCGCUGACCGCCGCCAAGGAGCUGUGGAUCUUCUGGUACGGCGAGGAACCCGACCUGACCGAUCUGGUCGACCCGGAGUUGCUGAAAUCGUCUGAAGGCGACAAAGGUUCUUGGGAAGCAGGUCUUUCGUACGAGUGCCGGUCGUUGCUGUUCAAGGCGCUUCAUAAUCUCAUUGAACGAUGUUUACUUUCGCGAGAUGUCGUACGUUUGGGCAGGUGGUUCGUACAGCCGAGUUCCAACAGCGAGCGAGUGUUUGGGAAGAGCUCGCUUCAUCUCUCAUUCUCGUUCGCCUUCUUUGUCCAUGGGGACAGCACGGUUUGUGCCUCGAUGGAUAUUCGGGAGCAUCCGCCGGUUAGGCCGCUUAUGAUGAAACACUUGGAAGAAGCCGUUCAGCAAGGUAGUAAUAAUAGCGACGUGAAACCGCGCUCUGUUAUAUUGGCUCCAUUCGGUCUCGCUGCACGGUUAACUGGCCAAAGCUACAAGACCAGCGACCCGCAGACGCAGAAAGUUCUAGACGACUGGAGUGCAUUCUAUCCAAUCUCGAACAAAAAUAUUAACUUGUCUGAAAGUGCAGACGCGGUACCUCCGAUAGUGGAAAUUAUGACUGGUGGUAUAAAGAUGCGCUACCCGUCAAAGUAUGUUCUUGUGACGGACAUCGAUGAUUGGUCACCGCCUGCUGUGAACGGUUCCAUCCAGCAAUCACCCGCAAAGACGGCAUCGCAAAGUGCAUCUUCCUCUCUAACGGCAGCAGUAGCCAGUUCACUGCUGAACAACAAAAGUCCCUUAAGUCCGUUGCACACAGCCUCUAACAACAAUUCAUCAACCAACUGCGCUAAUGGUGACAACAACAUUCGAGAAACGAAACCACUUAUGAACCCACCGCUUACGGUUCCCGAAUCACCUUCUAACGAUCUCGGCAAUCAGAACAGUAUGUCAUCAACCAUGAUCAACAACUCGCCCGCCGUCUUGCUGCCGGAACGUGUCUGGCAUGAUUGCAUAAUGCACGUCGCUCCGGCUGUUCCCCCAUCCCAGCAAUCUCCCAGUUCGGUAGUCGGUGAUGGCGGUAACGGCGCAGUAGGAGUUACCAUCAAAUCGGAACCAAAGGAUCCUUCAUCGAACUCGUCGUCGUCAUCGUCCAGCGGAACCGGUGGCGGCGGUACCGGCAGCAACAACGAUACCGGUUCAGCGGCCACGGUCGACGGAAAUGCAAACUCUGUGUGGCAGAUUACCGACCCCAGUCUGAAGGUUCCCUGCGUGUGCAGCAAGUCUAAUCAGAACUGCGGUGCCGGAGGCAGCACACCGUACGGAGGCCCGCCGUCCUACUGUCGGAACCCGCUGUCGAUAGGUGACUCGCACCCGCUGCCCUCGGAGGGUUCCCCCGCAAGUGCGGCACCAUCUCCGAUGCAACCGUCUUCAGUGUCCCAGCCAACGUCCGUUCCAUCGGGUGAUCAGCUUAUAACCAUGUCACCGCAUCCACCGACCUCAAACAAUCCGCGAAGCGUACAACCGGGAACGCCCUGCUUGGACCAUCUGGACAAGAAUACACCGGCGCCAACGCCGACGGAUCAACACGAGAGUAAAAGCGUUAAUGCCUCCCCUUAUCACACUCCGUCGCAUCCGGGUGGCGUGCUGAGCGUAGAAGCUCCUGCCUCGCAACAAUCACAACAACAACAGCAACAGCAGCAUCAUCAUCAUCAACAGCAACAGCAGCAGCAACAACAACAACAGCAACAGUUGCAACAACAGCAGCAGCAGCAACUGCAGCAGUCCGCGCAGCAGCUGGUAGUAAGCAACAAUCUCAGCAGUACCAGUAGCAGUAGCAGUGGAGGAACAACCAACAGUAGUCCGAACAAUAUACCGAACCAUGGAAUAAUGAUGGGAAUGCGUUUGAAAUCUGAUGGAGCGCUAGGAAUCUGCGGGGAUGCCAUGAUGUUGGGUAGCAGUCCCAGUAUAUACAGUAGCCUGAAUCCCUUGGCAAACCAAAAUCAAAUCAACAAGAGGCAUGCCCUGCUGCAAGUGCUACAGUCUCUUAAAAGGCCAUCCCUGUCGUCGCGCGAUUACGAAGGAAUGAUCGGUGAGGAAAGUCCAACUACGUCGCACUUAUUGUACGAUUAUACUGCUAUUGAUGCCUGGAUGAACCAUCCGGUAAAGCGGUUUAAGCCGAAUGAGGAUUCAAAGCUUGCACAGCAAAUCCGAAAUCUCGAUCUGUACGCUGAUCAGAAGAAACAUUCGGAGAGAUAUUUACUAUCAUUGCAGAAUGCAGCUGAAGGGGAAGGUGGGCGAUGUGUUAGGCCAGAUCAGCAGGAUCCGUUGGCACUACCGGAGGAUGGUGAUGUUGGCACUGGAGUUGGUGGCAUGUUGAACGAGAACCAGAUCAAAACGGAGGCCGGAUGUGAGCCACGCACCGACGGUGAUGGUCAAAUGUUGGGAGCUCAUGAGAUAAAAAAGGAAAAAGAGGACAAGGAUGACAGUUUAUUUACGGAGCAGGGAUUGCAACCAGCCCUCGAUGAUCUGGACCAGCUUUUCGACGAUAGCACCAAUUACGCCGAUGAUUCAGAUAUCCAUGCGAAUACGAGUCCUGCUUCCAAUAAGAGUAGCGGAGGAUGUUUGGAGGAUAUGAAACGGUUUCCUGGGGCAGGAAAUGCGGUGCAUUCCGGGAUAUUGAGUCCGAAAGAGUUGUCCCAAAUGUUUCCCACUCCUCCGAGCUUGGAGCAUCACCCAAAUUCAAGUCCGGGUGGCGGUGGUUGCCUUUCGGAUGGAAUUAUGAUCGAUACAAUGGUGGAAACGGCUGUCGUUCCAAUUCUCGGAAGUCCACAGGAAGAACCAAUCGACGAUUGGUCCUUUGUGUUUUUACCUCCGCCUAUCUAUAAGUAUGUAGGAUCCUCAAAGUAUGCGCCGCUCCAGCAGCUUCCAAGUCAGCUUAUGCAACCUGCAGUUGCACUCCCGAUGAAUUGCUACUACAAAUCAUCCACCCAGUUGCGUAAGGAAAAGCAAGAGCGUGAAAAAUACAUGAAACUAAGAGAGCUCCAGGAACAUCAGGAAAUUCAACAGCAGCAACAGUCGCAACUGGAAAACAUAUCGCCAAAUGCAUGCGUCGUCAAUAAUAAUAUGUUGAAGCAGGAACCAUCGAUGGUGACCGUACCGCAACCGCUAAGCACACCCAAUUCGCUUACCAUGAAUGGUGGUGGCCAUCCGUACUCAAACCCACCUUCGCAAGGCGGUCAAUCGCAGCCACUAUCGAGGCCACCAUCUGUGAAUUCCUUGCCAGGUAUGAUGAACUCUGGAGGUAGUCUAAUGAGCCCGUCACCCAUGAAUAACGGACUCAUAAGUACAGGUAUGUUCCAUCCCGGUGGCAUCGGUAUGAAUGUUCCACUACGGCAAGGAAUGUCACCCAUCUCACCAGCAACACCCGGUGGAGGCAGCGCUGCUGGAAGCAAUUCUAUGCGAGUACCAACGCCGCAAGGUUCGUGCCCUCUUCCAUACCCAUCGCCAAUCGGAGCGCCGAGCGGUGGUUCGCUAACCAUAAACAACAUCCCCGGAAGCCCGAAUCCUUUGAAUCAAAUGGCUUUUCGGCGGACUCCGAUUCUGCCUCCUCCGCCAUAUGAUGUAGCGGUUGCUUCACCGGCAACCUCAACCACUUCAUCGUACCAUAACAAACAAUUCGGAAUUGAUGACGGCCCUCAGACACCGUUUGCGGUGGCAAACGGAACGAACGGUUCAUCGGCUCAGCAGCGGAUAGCCAUCGAAACAAAUGCGCUGUUGGUCAAUGUGCUUCUGUACGACACUUCGCUGAACAUCUUUCGCGAUCACAAUUUCAACAGCUGUACACUCUGUGUGUGCAAUGCUGGCCCAAAGUGUGUGGGAAAUAUCCGUGGAGCUGAUUCUGGUCCGUAUCUUCCGCUGCCGGGUACCAGCUUCCUUGGCAGCAGUGGUAAAAGUGGCUGCAGUAGCGAACGGGAAGCCAAAUCGACCCCUUCUUCUGUAUCGCACUUCAAUGGGAACAACAAUCACAAUAAUAACGGUGCCUUUGGAAUGAUGGAUUCACCUGCCAACAACAACCAAGGAACCAGUUCUACGCUGGUGGCAAUAAACUCAAGUAGCCUGCAGAACGGGUACUUGGAUGAAGAUCCAAUCAAAUGUACUUGUGGUUUCAGUGCUUUGGUAAACCGAAGGCUUGCCCAUCGGGCCGGCAUGUUUUACGAGGACGAGCUAGAGAUUACCGGAAUGGCUGAGGAUCCAGCAUCCAGGAAGAAGAAGUCACUGCUGGAGUUUUUGCUUGGCAAGAACGACUACAGUAGCAGCAGCAGUAGUGGAGUCAACUGUGAUAUUUCGCCGUUACCGCUUCGAAUCAUGGAUCUGUUGCGGGAACACUGUGCGGUCAUUCAAAGUUCGAGUAAUUCUAUUCACCGGGCCGUGGCCCGAUUCCAAAGUGCAAUGACAGUCAAAAGUGUCUCAAAUGCCUCGGUGCAUAUGUUGGAAUACACCGAUGCCAAUGAAGUUAUUAGUUUAGCGCUAGAACAAAGUCGGCAGCAAGCAAUCACUGAAAAUAAGUACGAAGAUUCUGCCUUGGUGCGGUCGGGACUGCUACGCGGUUCCAUGAAUGUCCACAAGUGGCCAUAUUUACGGGCGGGCGGUCCAAAAAGCAAUCAAGACAUUGUGCGAAUAAUGAAAUCCAUGCAACCACUACUCCAGGAUGCCUUCCAUAAAAAGUGCACAACGCGCCUUUGGGAUGCCCCCUAUACGAUACAGGGACCACUCACAUGGCGGCAAUUCCAUCGCCUCGCAGGACGAGGCACAGGCCAGUGCGAACCCCAGCCAGUUCCAUCGUUGGUUGUUGGCUAUGAAAAAGACUGGCUCUCAUUGUCCCCGUACGCAAUCCAGUACUGGGACAAACUAAUGCUCGAACCGUACUCUUAUCCCCGUGAUAUAGCUUACGUCGUUGUGCUUCCGGACAACGAUUUUAUCGUUUCAAAAGUGAAAACUUACUUCAAAGAACUUAGUACAACGUACGAGAUGUGCAAGCUCGGUCGACACAACCCCAUCAAGGGAUGGGACGGAAUAUUACGAGUCAGCUCGAACCGUGUCCUUAAAGAAACUCAAAACUCCAGUAUGGAUGAGUGGUUCACCAGUCUCGGCGAUAGCCGACUGAGCGAGUUGCUCAAACUGUACGCACAAACGUGCCAACAGCAGUUGGCUCCGUAUCUGUCAAAAGUACCUUUGGAUAAGAGUUUGCUUGACCCACCGGAAAACCACAACCUUUCCGCAGCUUCGCACGCAGCUGCGAUGGCGCUAGCGCAAGCAAGUUCAACGCCUAAUCGGGAUGCUCCGAACCAAAGUCCGAUGCCACCGCCGCCGCCGAGCACUCCUGAUCCGACACAAACAGGCGAUAAGGCACCGGGUACACCCAAAUCCGAUAAUGAUGCGGAGAGUCGUGAUCAACUAAAUAGUUCAUCGUCUGGUCCAGCCGAUCGUAUGCAGCAUGAUGACGACGGUAAGGAACCACCUCACAUUGUUUUGUACAUGGUGGAACCGUUUACUUGUGGUACGGACUCGCCGGAAAUCGAGCGUCUAGCAUGUUUGUCGCUGUUGCGAUGUUAUUCGAACACCCUGAACACGGUACCGGACUCGAUCAGAGCGAAUAUUAGCGUGCAGUUAAUUUCUCUGGAGAGCAUCCUCGAAUUGGGACGCAGCCGGAAUCGGUUGCGGCUCAGUGACCACAUGCGUUGUCAGGCGUUGAGUAUAUUUUCUCAAAGUCGACGUUUUAUGCAACAUCUGAACAACGUCAAGAGUCUUACCGGUUUCGGUACGGCUGCCAACGCCGAACAGUUUAUGAAGAACAAAGAUGAAAAGAAUCGUGCUCCGUACAAGCUCUAUACUCCACCGUAUGUGUUGGCUAAAUUGAGUGAGAAAAAGGAAAAUUCGGAAUCGUUUGGCCAGACUAGUAUUAAGCAGCAAUGUUCCAUUAUGUACUGUAGUUAUUGUUUGAGUGAAGAUCAAAGCUGGCUGCUGGGGGUGGCCACAGAUGAUCGGGGAGAAUUUUUGGAAACCGUUACCAUCAAUAUUGACAUUCCGAAUCGUGUACGGCGGAAACGGGCCUCAGCCCGACGGAUGGGUCUACAGAAGCUAAUGGACUUUAUACUGGGUCUUAUAUCUCAGACAGUGCAACCGUGGCGGAUUGUUAUCGGCCGAAUUGGUCGAAUAGGACACGGAGAGUUGAAAGGUUGGAGUUGGUUGCUGAGCAAGCAGAACCUACAGAAGGCAUCCAAACACCUAAAGGAUAUUUGCGAACAGUGCUCGCUGAUGCACCCGGUGUCAGUUCCCAGCAUCCUUAGCGCUUGUCUGGUGACUUUGGAACCAGACUCUGAGCUAAGGGUUAUGCCAGACCAGUUCACACCAGACGAACGGUUCAGUCAACUGUCGAUGCAGUCACCGCUGACUACGCCACAGGACGUAACGUGCACGCACAUCUUGGUUUUUCCAACUAGUGCGAGAACACAGUCGGCACAAUCGGCAUUUGUUGCUGAGCAUAUCAACGAUGAACUCGAACUGACACUCGGAGAUGGUAAUCUGGAUGAUUUGGGUCUCGGUGAAGAUUGCGAAGAGGGAAUACCCGGGCUAGGAGAUCUGUUUGACAAUUGGGAUGACUUGCCAAUGAACCAACCGAUAACGCAGGACUCGCGACAAGGAAGUCCAUUUGAGGGAAGACCGUUCGAAGGUCAACGACAGAGUCCCGGCGAUAGUGGUUCAAACUGUGCUCAGAAUCUCAAUGGUUACACGACACAAGAGGCUGAGGACGUCGGUUCCCUCGCUCAGCAACCGAUGGCCAUAGGCUAUCUAGUAUCCACAGCACCGACCGGUCGGAUGCCGUCCUGGUUCUGGUCAUCGUGUCCACAUCUGGAGAACGUCUGUCCGGUGUUUCUGCGCAUAGCGCUACACCUGAACAGCUUCCAGAUUCUGCAGAAUAACGACGACCCGAUGGCGCAAUCGCAAUCAACAACCGAGCACCCGCUCGAUUCCAACAUGACAGCCGACGUGCUGCGUUUCGUGCUGGAAGGUUACAACGUACUGUCCUGGCUCGCCAUGGAUUCCAACACGCACGAUCGAUUGUCCUGUUUGCCCAUCCACGUGCAAGUGCUGAUGCAGCUGUACCAUCUGUCGGCGGCAUUGGCCUAAACAAAUUAGGAAAGGAGGCAGUCUCGCUCUCUCCCGUUUUCCGCCUGUCUGUGAUAUUAGAGGUAAAAAGAAAAGAGAACAAAGCUGAGAAAAGCAUGGAUAGAGUAUAGUAAUGGAAUAUUUGCGAUUCACUAAAGUAGUGAGAUAUUUAAGGUUAUUUUUUCGGAAAUAGGGGAAACAAAGUGCAAACUUUUGUUUUGGAUAUUUAUUUGAUUUCUCAAAAUCACUCACAAACAAUUUUAUUUGUAGCAGCUUGUAUGUAGAAGUAACUUAUAAUGCCGUAAUAAUGUCAGGUUGUUGUCUGGAAUAGUGAGACUAGUUUGUUUCGAUAUUUGAAACACGUAUCGGAACGUCGAAAGUAUAUUGAAAUAGUCAAGAUCUGGUUUUAAAGUUUUUCGAAUUUUUAUUUAACUGGAAAAAUUUCAUCGCUUAAUAAAUCGGUGAAAAAUGUAACUGGCCGGGCCGUUUACUGCUUGAACCAGUUCAAAUUUUACCGAAGUUCUUCGAGCAGUAUUUUUGUUUCUUUCAUUUAUUUACAAUCGUGCAGAAAAACAAACGUAAUCUACUACAGUGUAACAAUAGAAGUUAGAAAGUGUUACACUUUUCAAAUAUUGUAAAAUAUCAUCUGUAUAUGUUGUAGCAAGAUGUCAAUUUUGCAGCGAAAUGCUUAAGCCUGUAUGAUGUAUACAUUUUAGGGAAUUGUGGAAAAUUUUUAUUUAGCUAAUAAAAUAGAAACUAACCCUCUGUACAUUCAAUAUCUAACCAAGAAAGAAAAUUGCAAUUCAAAAGUGCACAUCGGACUAGUUGUGUUUACACUCACAAACAUAUAGACAAGUCUCUAGGACAAAUUAGAUAAUUCAAUAUGUAAGUUACUCGCUUGCGUUAGACCAAACUAAGCAUAAUCCAUUGAAAGAGAUUUUACCCAUACACACAAAAUAUCUCAACAGUGUCCCGCACACUGUCUGUAAAUAAUAAACCGUGUAAAUAAUUGUUUCUGUAAUUAAUUUCAGAGAGAUCCAAUGAACCACCCUUUUUAGCUUAGGUAUACAUUUAAACUAAUCCAAACUAGAACAGGUUUAGCAGGUGAGACGAAAUGAAACGAUAUUUCUAUUCAUCUCUUUGUCCCAAGCCCGAAGAGAGACCAAAACAAAACGCUCAUACACGUCUUUGUGAAUAUAGAAAAUUUACCUAACAAAAAGAAGAUAAACAGUAAGUAGCAAGUAAGGAAAAUGCAAUCGAGAAAGAGAGAUCGUCCUAUCGGAACGAUUUGAAAUGUACUAACUUCCCAAGAGGCAUUCUAAACUGAACAAAAAAUCGCAUACCAUACCCGCAAGCAAAAAAAAAAAUAUAACAGAUGAAUGAUACACACCGACCAGACCGCAAACGCGAAGCGCUCUGCGGACAAAGAAAUCGAAUCAAAGAGAAUUAAGUAGAUGAUAACAUAAGGCAAAUAAAACAAAAAAAAGGUAUUUGCGCCUGUAGGUUUGUAAAACUAGUGGAUACAAAAAAAAACUUUAUUAGCAAGUAUUAGAACAAGAAUGUUAUGAUUUUUGUUUUCUUCGUUACUUUUUCUGCAAGGCAAUGAACAUAUGCAAUUUGCAGUAAAACAAACGGCGGACGAAAAUCAAACUAAGGCUAGCGUAAUUGUGAAAAGUACAGAAUUAGAAUCAUCAACUUAAUCUCGUUACGAGGAUAAGAAAGAAAGAGAAAAAAAAACAAAAAGAAAUGAUGACAACACGAAUCGGUGGAAAGAAAACAAUAUAUUUACUAGAUAUGCAGCAGAAUCGAACCGGGAGAAUGGAGAAUAAAUGAAAUUGUAUUUCAAGCAUGUGAAUUUAGGCCAAAUUGUAUUGAAUUUUUGCGUAAAACUAGAAAAACAGAAAAAAUGCAAAAAAUUUCAUUUAGAUAAAAAACUUUACGCCGGAAAAAGAAAACAGUAGAAUAAUGAGUACAGCAGAACAAUUUGAAUUAAGAAAACAACUUAAAACUUAAGCGUGAAAGUGUAUAGACACAAAUGCGAGAACGAGAGUGUGCCUGCUAUUUAAAAUGACAAUGAACGAGGGCUAGGUGAAUUUAGUUGAGUGCACGCGCAUUGGAAGACUCUUUAAGGAUCACACAACAAACCUGCAGAAAUGCAAGAAUAUUAUUCGACAGAAAGAAACAAAAAAACUAUUAUUAUUAAUAAAUUGUAAUUGAUAUAAAUU